AUGCCCAUCCUGGUCCAGAGACAUUUACUGCAAGUUUACAUUACAUUGGCACUAUAUAUCAAAAUCUCACAUCCAGUCUGCCUUUUCCAAGGAAGCAAAGUGAACUACCAGCACAUGAACUUUCUGUGCAAAAUGAGUGCCAGUUUUCCUGUGCAAUGUCUCAGAGAAAAAACUGAUUUUAAAUUCCCCACAGAGAUUACCGAAGUCACACAGAGGAAUGCCACAGUGAUGAUCCAUGAGCUCCUCCAACAGAUCUUCUAUCUAUUUAGCAAAAAUCUUCCUGAAAGUGUUUGGAAUGCAAGCUGUAUUGAGAAAUUCCAAAAUGGUAUUAAUCGGCAAAUUGAAGAAUUGGAGACAUGCUUAUUGGAAGAACUAUCUAAAGGAAGAAAGAGCUCCCGAACAGGGGUCCUAAAUAGCACUACUCUCAGUGUGAGAAAGUACUUCCGAAGAAUCACCAACUUCCUAGAAAAUCAACAAUAUAGCCACUGUUCCUGGGAAGCAGUCCGAAUAGAAGUGAGAACAUGCUUUAUAUUUAUUGACUGCCUUAUGAGAAAACACAUGACAUGA